AUUAACUCUUGUGGGUCCACCAACAUACUUCAAGGCUUUCCGUUUGGUGUUUGGGCGCCAAAUCCCAACUUCACGUACACGUAAAAUUCCUCUUCCUCCCCUGUUUAUUCACAAACCCUAACCGAACAAAAUCAAAACAAAUUUCGUCCAUUUAAUCCCAAAUCUAUGCACACCUAAACACCUUUCUCUCUCUAACUUCUUCUCUGUGACCUAGAGAGAGAAAGUGGAGAGAGGAAAUGGCGAUGGUCGACGAUCAAUCGAAAACCUGCACCGUUCUCGGCGGCAGAAGCUUCGUUGGCAGAUCUCUUGUUGCGAGGUUGUUGAAGCUAGGGUUUUGGAUCGUUCGAGUUGCCGAUUCAACUCAGUCUCUUCAACUUGAUCCCGAUGAUCACGACUACGAUGUGCCUCUUGACCGUGCUCUCUCUACUGGCCGUGCUUUCUAUUUUCAUGUUGAUGUUCGCAACAAAAAGUCCGUUAUCAAUGCUAUUGAAGGCUCAUCAGUGGUGUUCUAUGUGAAUGAUGAUAGUUCCUGCAAUCAUGAUUUCUUCUCUGGGUACACAAUAAUUGUUCAAGGCGUGAAAAAUGUUAUUAGCGCUUGUCAAGAAUGCAAAGUUAAAAGGUUAAUAUACAACAGUACUGCAGACGUAGUGUUGGACAACUCACAUGAUAUUCAUAAUGGGAAUGAAAUGUUGUUAUAUGCUACAAAAUUUAAGAAUGUAUAUAGUGAACUUAAGGCUCAAGCAGAGGCAACUGUUUUGCUUGCUAAUGACAUGGAUGGCCUUCUUACGUGUGCUCUUCGCCCUAGCAACGUUUUUGGACCUCGAGAUGAGCAGCUUUUGCCCUCUUUGGUUGAUGUCGCAAAAUCCAGCUGGGCUAAGUUUAUUAUAGGAAGUGAUGUAAACAUGUGUGACUACACAUACAUGGAGAAUGUCGCUCAUGCCCUUAUCUGUGCAGAAGCUGCUCUGGUCUCUCGUAUGGUUACCGUGUCCGGAAAGGCAUUUUUCGUCACUAAUCUUGAGCCAAUGAGCUCUUGGGAGUUUUCUUUGCGCAUGUUGGAGGGCUUAGGCUAUUACAGGCCAAUGGUCAAAAUCCCUGAUGUGGUUGUGAGGUUGAUGGUUUAUCUCAUUAAAGUGAUGCAUUUAAAGACAAACUCCAGACACAAUAGUAAUUCUUCAGUCCACAAUAUUGUUCGAUUAAUGUCGCACACUACAACCUAUGAUUGCUCUGCAGCCCAACACCACCUUGAAUACUCGCCCGUUGUUUCACUGGAUGAAGGUAUCACAUCGACAAUUGAAUCAUUCUCUCAUUUAGCAAAGGACUCUUCUGUAAUUCUCGAUGAAUUUUAUGAACAAUCAAAAAUCGCGCAGCUGCUAGGGGGUGGAGAUGUUGCUGAGAUUUUAUUGUGGAGGGAUGAGAGGAAGUCAUUUUUUUGCUUUUGUGGAGUGGUUUCUCUGUUCUACUGGUUUUUUCUUUGUGAAAGAACAGCCGUCUCUUCUGCAGCUCAGCUACUGCUGCUCGUCACAGUUUUUCUAUAUGGGUAUUCUCUAAUGUCAACUGAGAUGUCUAGCUAUUCACGUUUUGAGGUCUCUGAAAAGGGUAUGAGGAAUUUUGUUACAAAUAUAGUAAGCAUCUGGAAUGGCGUAAGUCAUGUGAUUAAAUCAUUGGCACAAGGAAGAAGCUGGAGUUUCUUUUUAAAGGUUGCAGUUCCACUCUAUUUUUUCAAGUUGUUUCUUGUCAACUAUUUUCCCAUUUCAUUGGGAUUAGCACUGGCCUUUUCGUUUAUUCUCCUUUUCAUCUAUGAGCAAUAUGAAGAGGAAAUCAAUGGAUUAAUAGGAAUUUUGAACGAGCUAACGAGGCAAUAUGUGGUAUCCGAGAUAUCUUUACUACUAAUGAACACCUCAACUCGACCUUCAAUGUCAAAAGAUGUGAGAUAAAAUGUUUGAUGAAUGGUAGUUGCUUAUAUUGAAUUGAAAGUUGAAAAAAGAGUCGCCAAAUAAAUGAGAAUGGAAGCCACAUUGGCACAAGCAAACGUAGAUUGUGUAAGAUAACAAAGUAUAUGCAUCUUCUUAAUCACUUCA